AUGCCGUUUGGACCAGGACAGGCCAUGAAGAGGCUGAGGUCGCUGAGGAUGGAGGUGAAAGAGGCGGCUGGCAGCGAUGCGAACUUGAGCUGGACAAACUGGCUGGAGAUAGCGCUUAGAGCCGUGACCAAGCAGAAUUUGCAGAUGGCAGUUAUUGAGCUGGGAGAAAAGUAUGGGUGGAAGAGUGUAGGAAACGAGGAAGGUGACGUGUUUCCAGUUCCGGAAUGGAUCCACAUCACGACUCUAGACGAGGACAAGGACGAAAACAAGGACGAGGAUGAAGACUCCCAGUUGGGGCUGGUACUGAAUUCACCUGUGAAAUGUUCGGAGGUCAUCAAGCUGGCUGCCCUGAGAAGUCCCGUCGGACCACCAAAAUACACGACACGUGGAAGCGGUGGGCCGCCUCGCGUCAGGAAACUCCGAUGGCACCGCGCCGAUCCAGGUUUCAGCGACCGCAGCAGCAAGUGCGCCCGCGGCGACUCCGACGACUCUCCCUCCGGCACCCGACGCACGCCUCGGAGCGCCUACCCGUUUUUCCGAGCUUUCUCAAUGGCGUUGAAGCAGAUCUUCCAGGAAAUCACGCCUGGAAGGGAAGCGGCGCAGAGGCUCGUUAAUAUUCGACAAGGAGGGAGGACCACGGCCAAGUACGCGAUCGAGUUUAGGACCCUGGCAGCAGAGGCCGGGUGGGACGCGACCGCCUUGGGCGACGUGUUCAUCCGCGGCCUCUCGCGGCGAGUGAAGGACUGUCUGGUGGCGCGGGAUCUGCCGAGCGACCUGAACGCAUUAAUAGCACUGGCCAUCCAGAUUGACCGACGACUGGGGAGCAGCGAACGUGAGCACCGCGGAGAAGGAGGAGCAAGGGAAUCGCACCGCGGCAGGACGGAAAUCUCCACCAGAGGUCAAUGUUUCGCCGAUGGAGCCCCCACCUCGCAGAGCUCAGGUACGCAGCCACCGCCAGAGGAACCCAUGCAGCUGGGACGCGCGCGUCUCACCGAAUCAGAGAAGCGACGACGCCGCUCCCAGGGGUUGUGUUUGUAUUGUGGACAGCACGGACAUUUCGCCAGUAAAUGUCCGCUAAAAGACCUGGCUCACCACGAGCACGGAGGAUCGUCCAGCACCCAUUCUCUCCAGCAGGCUGUUCUCAUCGAUUCAGGGGCCGAUGCCAGCCUGAUGGACGCCAGGUUGGUGGAGAGGAUGGGCGUUGCCAUCUCCCCUCUCGCGGCUCCGGUGGAAACCACAGCACUGGACGGCCACAAACUAUGGAAGGUGACCCACCACACAGAGGCCGUCACCAUGGAGUUUGCAGACGGUCACACGGAACGCAUCCAUUUCUUGGUGGUGGAGAGCCCACGACUGUGCCAUAAACCUACGGCCCGGUUCCAACCCCCCAAGGGGAGAUUGUUCCAGCUGGCUCCAGCCGAAAGACAGGCGAUGAGGGAGUAUCUGGACUCAGCGUUGGCUACCAGCAUCAUCCGGCCAUCAUCCUCCCCAGCGGGGGCGGGGUUUUUCUUCAUGGGUAAGAAGGAUGGCACCCUCCGGUCGUGCAUUGAUUAUCGAGGACUCAACGACAUCACCAUUCGGGACUCGUACCCUCUUCCCCUCCUCCACUCCGCGUUUGAGCUGCGGUCGGGAGCUAAGUGGUUCACAAAGCUGGAUCUGCGGAACGCAUACCACUUGGUUCGCAUCAGAGAAGGGGACGAGUGGAAGACAGCAUUCAACACCCCGAACGGCCACUAUGAAUACCUGGUGAUGCCGUUCGGCCUCACCAACGCCCCCGCCGUCUUCCAGUCUUUUGUUAAUGAAGUAUUAGGCCCAAUGAUUAACAGAUUCGCAUUUGUGUAUCUUGAUGACAUCCUGAUCUUUUCUAGUACGGAGGAAGAACACAAGAGCCACGUCCGCCAGGUUUUGAAGAAACUUCUAGAACAUCGUCUCUUUGUAAAAGCCGAGAAAUGUGAGUUUCACGUCAGCACCGUGUCAUUUUUAGGCUUCAUCGUGUCACAGGGCCGGAUCCAAAUGGACCCGGCAAAAACAAAGGCGGUAGAAGAUUGGCCGACGCCCCAGUGUCGGAGGGAUGUGCAACGCUUCCUAGGGUUUGCCAACUUCUACCGUCGCUUCAUCAGACGGUUCAGCAGUAUUGUAGCACCCCUGCACAGACUCACCUCUCCUAAGGCUCCGUUUCAGUGGUCGGAAGAGGCAGACUCGGCCUUCCAGCACCUCAAGCGGAGUUUCACCACCGCACCCGUGCUCCGCAUGCCCGAUCCAGAGUGCCAGUUCGUGGUGGAGGUCGACGCCUCGGAUUCGGGGGUAGGAGCGGUGCUCUCCCAGCGCGACCCAGCCGGAGGUAGGCUCCAUCCCUGUGCAUUUAUGUCCCGCAAAUUAUCCCCAGCUGAACGAAACUACGAUAUCAGGAACCGGGAGCUGCUAGCCGUUAAGACAGCAUUGGAGGAGUGGAGGCACUGGCUGGAGGGGACGGCGCAGCCUUUCUUGGUCUACACGGACCACAAGAACCUGGAAUACAUAAAGACCGCGAAGAGGCUAAACUCCCGCCAGGCCCGCUGGGCGCUGUUCUUCAGCCGCUUCCAUUUUCAUUUGUCAUACCGCCCAGGCUCGAAGAACACCAAACCCGACGCCCUCUCCCGGCUCCACGACCACCUAGACUCCCCGGUGGAACCGGACCACCGGCCGGUUGUCUGAUGGGAGCAGUGACCUGGCCGGUGGAGA